ACAACAACAACAACAACAAUCAUUUGAUCUUCAUCAGAAAGUAAAAAAAAUAAAUAUUAAUUUUAAUCAAUCAUUGGUGACAGACGAUUACGACAACGACGAAGACAAAGACAGCGAACAUCAUCACCAUAAAUUAAUGAUCCAAAUGGAUCCAUUUAAACGUGCUGUUCAUCGUCGUUAUAUUGGUUUAGAAAAAGAAAAUAAUUGUGAAUGGAAAGGACCAUUUCGUUUUAUACAAGCUGCCGAUACACAAUAUGGAAUGAUACAUCAAUUUCAAACAAUUAGCUAUAAUCAAGCAUCAUAUGAUGAAUCACGUCCACGUAUUGAUGAAUAUAAACGUUCAGCGAUUGGUGAAUGGCAUGAAGAAAUGCGUCUAUCAACAUUGGCAAUAGAACAAUGGAAUCAAAUGAAACCUAAACCACGAUUUGUUGUCAUUUGUGGUGAUCUUGUUAAUGAUUUUCCUGGUGAAGCAUUACGACGACGACAAUUGAAUGAUUUUAAAGAAACAUUUGCCAAACAUCUUGAUCAAUCAAUACCAUUAAUAUUAUUGCCAGGUAAUCAUGAUAUACUUGAUCGACCAACAGUAGAUAGUAUUGAAAAAUAUCGGCAAGAAUUCGGUGAUGAUUAUUUUGCAUUCUGGGUGGAUGGUGUUAUGUUUCUAGUGAUAAAUGCACAAUACUAUAAAGAUAAUACGAUGACCAAAGAGAUGGCCGCACAUCAUGAACGUUGGAUUGAUUCGAAAUUAUCCGAAGCAAAUGAACAUGAUUAUAAACAUAUUAUUGUUUUUCAACAUAUACCUUGGUUUAUACAUGAUCCAGAUGAACCUGAUGAUGAGAUUUUUAAUAUUGCCAUCGAUGAACGUAAACGAAUGUUGAAAAAAUUCAAUGAUAAUGGUAUACGUGCCAUAUUUUGUGGCCAUUAUCAUCGUAAUGCUGGUGGACAUUUUGAACAAAUGGAAUUAAUAGUCACAUCGGCUAUGGGUGCACAGAUUCCGCCCAUAGAUCGUAGAGAAAUUGCUCGAAAAUCUGGUUAUCGCAUCGUUCAUGUUGAUGAACAUCGGCUUCAACAUGAAUAUGUUGAAAUCGAGCCCACGAUAUCAUCGACAACGGCGACAACAUGAAAAAUAAUCUUAAAGAAAAGAAAACAACAACAAAGAAGAAAAUCUAAUAGAAAUAAAUAAAUAAAAAUUGAAAAUCUUUUCAUAUACUAUCCGUUUCAUCAUUCAAAUAUAAUCACAUAUUUGCCAUUAAUUUUCGAACAGAUCAAUUACAAUCAUUCAUCGAAAACGAGAUCAACAAUGAAAGAGAGAUAGUUUUUUUUUAGUUUGGCACAAUCAAAUAAACAUGUACAAUUUCACCAUCAUCACCAGUUAAAUUAUAUUUGAAGAAAACUAUGAAGCAAUCGAAAAUCGAUAAAUCAAUCAUUCAAAAUCAAAAAAAAAAAAAAUUUAAGAGAAAACAAAAUUUCCCGUGAACUUAUCUCUUUCAUUAUUGAGCUGUGUAGGAGAACGAUGUUCAUGUCCAAAAAAUAUUUUUGUUUAUCAUUGAAUUUCUUAAAGAUUUUUGUUUUUUUUUAUAUCAUCUUCAAUCAAUUCUAAUCGUACACCAGCCAACCAAAACCAUUAUCAAUUUCACAAAAUGAAUAAUUUGUCGAUGAAAUUUUUGCUUCAAAUUUUUCACUUGAUUAAUGUUUUUUUUUAUUUCACUAAU